UUCUCUACUAGGAAAAAAAAAAAAAAAAACCCAAAAAGAAGAUACACAGGGAUAAAUCCAGCGAAACUGUUUCGCAAAGUUUUUUUUUUCAGAGAAAAGUUUCCUUCAUAUUUAUAUCGAAGUUGAAGAAGCCUUAAUUCAACACUUUAUUCCCUCGUUCAUUUUCUUUGUCUUCCUUAUUUGUCGAUCUCGAUCGAGGGAUCGCGUUGUCUUUGAUGAUCGCUUGAAGAAUCGAUAAGAGGGGCGUCGAUUUUCAGUUAAUUAUUGGUGGAAGGAAAUAGAAGCUUAAAUAAAUUUCGCCCACUUAAGUUUUUUUCUUUUUUGGCGGCGGUUAACUUGUUAAGGUUUUGGGUAAAAGGGGAUUUUUCUUUUCAAAAGAUCGAGUUGUUUUUAGUUUUAAUGAUGUUAGCCUUAACUGCUGGGUUUUGAAGUGCUAUGGACCUUGUUGUUACACCGCAAUAAAGAUGACGCUUUACAUUGGUCGCGAAGCUUCAAAGUUAUGGAAGAGAAUUUGUUCAGAGACAACUACAGAGAUCAACCUUCUUCUUGAUAACUGGAAAUACCUUCUUGCUGGUCUCAUCUUUCAGUAUAUUCAUGGUCUAGCUGCUCGAGGAGUUCAUUACCUUCAUAGGCCAGGGCCAACACUUCAGGAUCUUGGGUUCUAUAUUCUUCCAGAGCUUGGGCAAGAUAAAGCCUACAUCAGUGAGACUGUGUUCACCUUUGUCUUUUUAUCAUUUUUAUUGUGGACUUUCCAUCCAUUCAUCUUCAAGAGUAAAAAGAUCUACACUGUUCUUGUUUGGUGCAGGGUGCUAGCAUUUCUAGUUGCUUCUCAGAUUCUCCGAAUCAUCACAUUCUAUUCUACUCAGCUUCCUGGACCAAAUUAUCAUUGCCGAGAGGGUUCUAAGCUUGCCAGAUUGCCAAAACCAGAGAGUGUGUUGGAAGUCCUCUUAAUUAAUUUUCCUCGUGGUGUAAUAUAUGGUUGUGGUGACUUGAUUUUUUCAUCACACAUGAUCUUCACCCUGGUCUUUGUGCUCACCUAUCAAAAAUAUGGCACUCGAAGCUUCAUAAAGCACUUUGCUUGGUUGGUAGCUAUUGUUCAAAGUCUCUUGAUUGUGGCAUCCCGCAAACAUUACACGGUUGAUGUAGUUGUUGCAUGGUACACUGUUAAUUUAGUGGUAUUCUUCAUAGACAAGAAACUGCCAGAAUUGCCUGACAGAAGCAGUGGAAGCUUACCAAUGUUGCUACCAUUGAGCACCAAAGACAAGGAUAGUAAAACCAAAGAAGAGAACCACAAGCUCUUGAAUGGGAAUUCUGUAGAUCCUGCAGAUUGGAGGCCGAGAACUCAAGUAAAUGGCAAGAUUCAGGAAGAUGGAAAUGGAAUCCAUGAUACUGCAAUGAACGGAGCAUAGAUGAUGGAAAUUACAUGCUGUCACCGUAAUGGGGCUGCCUGCUUGAAUCCUUUAUGUUUCUUCCAAGGCUGGUAAAUUUGAAUUUGUAAUCAUAAGAAAACGAACCUUAGUGCAGGUGUAAAUUGUGCAGUCCUCCUAAAGUGUGUUUGUUAAAACCAUCAUCAGCAUCAACAUGUAUCAUGGAAUUUCCCUAUUCUCUCUAAACAAAUGUCGAAUUGGUGAAAUAUAAUUUGUUGGUCUCUGUCAAUGCCGAAGGCCAUUGAGAUAAGAAUGCUUUCAAUUGACUUGAAAA